GAAACUGAACACUUCCUUUUCAUUUAUUGCAAAACUUAGUGUAUUUCUUUCUCUGCCAGGAAUCGACUUUAAGAUCAGAACAAUAGAAUUGGAUGGAAAGAAAAUCAAGCUACAAAUAUGGGAUACAGCAGGCCAGGAAAGAUUCCGCACGAUCACAACAGCUUACUACAGAGGAGCCAUGGGAAUUAUGCUGGUGUAUGACAUCACAAAUGAAAAGUCUUUUGACAACAUAAAAAACUGGAUAAGAAACAUAGAGGAGCAUGCCUCUUCAGAUGUAGAAAGAAUGAUCCUGGGUAACAAAUGUGAUAUGAAUGAAAAAAGACAAGUCUCAAAAGAAAAAGGGGAGAAGUUAGCAAUUGAUUAUGGAAUCAAAUUCUUGGAGACAAGCGCAAAAUCCAGCAUAAAUGUGGAAGAGGCAUUUUUCACACUUGCACGGGACAUUAUGACAAAGCUCAACAGAAAAAUGAAUGACAACAGUUCAUCAGGGGCAGGUGGGCCAGUAAAAAUAACAGAAAAUCGAUCUAAGAAGAGCAGCUUCUUUCGAUGCACGCUACUUUGAUGAACUUCUAAUGAUAGACUGCAGCACACUUAGAACCUUUUCUGCUUCUUUGAAAGCACAGGGUCACAAAGCCUCAGAAAUAAUACCACCAAGCUGCUGCUGAGAGCUCCAUUGAACGUAGACUGCGAUGCACAAAAUACCAAGUGGAUUUUGCUCACUAAGCCUAUUGACCUGUCAGGCUCUUCUUUCUCAGAUAUGGAAGCUAUGAAGUGGAGACACAAAUGCAAGAGUUAACUUGUUUUCCUUUUUUACUUUCUGUUUUACUGCCUGUUGCAAAAGCUGCUAUGUUUCUUUUAACUUUGCACAUCCAUAUCGGCCUCUUACUGCCUGUUACAGCACAAUCUUACAUUUGUAUUUGCACAGUUUGACUUGUAAGUAAGAUUCUUAACAGAUUUGUGCAGGUUUUUCUUUCUCUUUUUAAACAAAUUUAUUUUCAAGCAGAAGAGCCAGGGAAAAAUUAAGUCUCACUUCCAUUGUUUUCUAUUCUAUAUACUUGUGGCCAUGACUGCAGUAUGGAUGUUGACACUCUAGUGAUGAGAAUUACUGUAAUAAUUGGCGUUUAACCAUUUAUAUGGGUUUUGUCUCUUAGAUGCACAAAUCUGUUCAUGCAGAAGCUAUGGCUUCUAUUCUGAAUGUAGUACGUUGCUUUUCUUUCUUUACCAGACUUAGCAAAGUUGUGUUCUGAAUUGCCAGUCACUGUCUGAUUCACACGUGCACCUUUCAGUUAUUUGAAUAAACACAGUGUCUUUCCUCA